AUGACCUUGUUGACUCAGAGACUGUACAGUCUCAGGCCGAGAGGGGUUCCUCUUGGCCUUGAGACUGUACAAGGUCUAGGCCGAGAGAAUCCCUCUCGGCCUUCAGCCAUGGAAGCUCAGGGCUAUCCCUUAGUAAGGCUGGAACCCGAAUGGUGCCACCCGGGUGCUCAACCCGUGGUCGGGUUGUCGGGAUGGGGCCUGGUCACCACCCGAGCACCCGGGGAGUAA